UCUUGAACUCGAGUGAAGUGAAAAUCAAAAACUUUCAAUGAACGCGAAUUUAAACCCGGAUCCAGGAGAAAAUUCUGGCAUCUUAAAAGAAAUGGGACUACGACCCACAAACAGGGAGAAGACCUAGAGAAGAAAGUGACAGUGACAGAUCCCAAACCUGCUCGGAGACACGAAGCCGGCAGAAACUUGGAAGAAUUUCAACCACAUAAAGACAGACAACAGAACAGAUUCAGAGCUGGGAGACGGUUCAAACACAGAAGAUAUGAGUAACGAGAAAAAGAAUAACAGAAACUUUUGAAAAAUAAAACCUUGACCUAGAGAAGGGAAAUUGCGAAGAGGAAGCGCAAUCAACAAAGGAAUAGAUUUGAAAGAGGAAGUGGGAAGGACUUAAGUCUUAUCUAAAAACUGUUGGUACUUAAGAAAAAUAGAAUUAUGAGUGAAAAUACCAGAAAAAGCAUCCGAUUUUCUUUGGUUCAUAACGCUAUUGUUUUUGUUUGUAUUUAACAAAAGCACCCCUCAUCAUGAAUGACAACGAGAGACCGUUCGAGUGCAUGUAUUGCGAGAAGAGGUUCCGGUGGAAACAGAACAUGAAACAGCACCUGAGGAACCACACGGGAGACAAGCCGUUCCAGUGUUCGUAUUGCAGCAAGAGGUUCGACUGGAAGCACAACUUAACGACCCAUCUGAGAGUCCACACAGGGGAAAGGCCGUUCAAAUGCACUAUCUGCGAUAAACAGUUCACCCAAAAAGGUCAUCUGAAAGAGCAUGCUAGGAUUCAUAACGGCGAGAAGCCUUUCGAAUGCACAAACUGCCAGAAAAAGUUCACUGCAAAGUCUUCCUUGAAAAAACAUGCAUGCAUAAGAAAGCCUGCCAAGCGUGAUGUAGCUGUUCCACCGUUUUUAUGUUCUAUUUGUGGCGCAGAAUUUGAAUCGAAGCGAGAUCUAAAAAUCCAUAAAAAGUCUCAUGGAGACAAGAAAUUAUUCAAAUGUUCACACUGUAACAAAGAAAUGGCACAGAAAUCACACUUAGAACAACAUAUGAGAAUACAUACUGGAGAAAGACCCUAUCAGUGUUCCUAUUGUGCUAAGAGAUUCGUGCAGAGCAGUGCUUUGUAUCAGCAUGAAAGAUUUCAUAGAAACGAGAGACCAUACACGUGUUCACACUGUGAGAAAAAAUUUAGUCAGAAAGGUCACCUGAGACUGCACGUGAGAAUUCACACAGGUGAAAGACCAUACCCCUGCAUAUAUUGUGAAAAAAGGUUCUUUGCAAGUUCUGAUCUGAAGAAGCAUGUAAGACUUCACACAGGGGAAAAACUGCUUUCGUGUCCACAUUGCAAGAAGAAAUUCAUGUCAAAAAAGACUCUAUCCAAGCAUAUCGAAGCCCACUCAGCCGAGGAGGGAUUCGGGACUGCAACUGUUAUAAAAGAAUCACGAGUGAACAAUUUAUCAGCUCAUGCAGGAGAACAUCCAGAAAACACCUCUUGUGCCUCGGAAAAUGACCAGAAUAUGUACAGUCUCCAACCUAGGUUGCAAAAGUCUUACCAUAAUGUAGCCGGUGACUUUAUCAAGUCGGAGUAUGAACCAAUCUUUGUAAAGUCAGAAGAACCAGAUAAUGAUAUCAAAACGUAUGACAUGUAUAGGACAUGUAUAAUGGAAGAAAAAAUUAAAGUGGAGGAACAUAUAACUGUAAAAGAAGAAAUUGUGUCAGACUGAAUGUUUAUGAAGCAAAUAUUUAAAUAUGAUUAUCGUUUAUAUGAAGGUAUUGUAUGGGGCUGCACAUAAAAAGAGCUGAAAGAGUUUAAUUGUAACUAUGCUAGAAAAUGCCAUCAAACUUUGUGAGCAUAAAAUGACCGUAACUGUAGCUGUUAUGGUUUUAGUGUAGCAUGAAUUAUGUACUUUUGAAUAUGCAAACAAACUAGUAUUUUUAGUGUAAAAAAGAAAGAAAUUCCUUAGAGUAUACACUGUCUUUGGUUGUUAUCGAUGUUAGAGUAUAUUUUCUGGUUCGAUAUUGGUUAAAAGUUAUAUCAUUUAUAAGUAUAAUAACGAUAAUAUGUUAUUCAUAUACAUGGUAAUAGAAGUAGUUAAACGGGUCAUGCUGGACCAUCACCACAGUGUGCUUGCUCAUGUCCAGGUGCUGAUCAGGAGAGGGCCAGGGGAGACCAAGAGUAAUUUGCUGGUGGUUCCCAGACUUUUUUAUUCUGGCACCCCCUUGGCUUCUAGCUGGAUUCCUAGCACCCCAAUGGCUCUUGUGAAUCACUGCAUCACCUUACCAUCUCUGCCCUCGCCCUGCCUUCACUUGAGCUGAGAUGCUGGAAAUAGAAAGGUUGCGAGAAGAAGGGAUGAUUUAUUGUUAUUCAGAACUGAAAGGCUUUAGCUGGCUGGCGUGUUUGACCUUUUUAGGACGCAGCCCCAAGGCUUGCUCAAAGUGGCCUACAAAGUGUGUGUCCUUUGUAAAUUAUAUUUCAUGUAAUGCAUGCUCUCUUUUAGUAAAAUUAACACUGUUGA